CACGCGCUCGCCAGUCACAUGAGCCCCGCGGGCAAACAUUAAGCCAAUCCUGUGGCGUGAAUCAUUUUGGGGGCGGGGCCAUAACCAGGCCAUAUAAGAGCGCCGGUGCCUCAGAAUGCCUGCAAUUCCCAGCGAGUGAUCCUGCAGUGAGCAACCAUGACGCUAUAUAUACUUGCCUUCGGCCUUUGCGUGGCCACCACUUAUGCUGCCCCUAUGAGUGACCCUGUUUUGGAUGCGUCCUGGCAGCAGUACUUGAGUUUCUACUCUAAAUCCUAUAACACUAAAGAAGCUGGCUGGAGGCGAAUGGUAUGGGAGAAAAAUCUAAAGACAAUUGAAAUGCAUAACAUGGAAUAUGUCAUGGGGAAACACACUUACAAGCUUGGCAUGAAUCAUUUUGGUGAUAUGACUACAGAAGAAUUUAGACAGGUAAUGAAUGGCUACAAACACAAGCCUGACAGGAAACGUGGGUCAACCUUUAUGGCUCCAAACAACUUUGAACCCCCCAGGAGUGUUGACUGGCGCAAAGAAGGAUAUGUAACACCAGUUAAAGAUCAGGGUCAGUGUGGCUCUUGCUGGGCAUUCAGUUCUACUGGAGCUCUAGAAGGACAACACUUUAGACAGACUGGAAAACUAGUGUCCCUUAGUGAGCAAAACCUUGUUGACUGCUCUAGACCAGAAGGGAAUGAAGGUUGCAAUGGAGGUCUCAUGGAUCAAGCUUUCCAAUAUGUUUUGGACAACAAAGGCAUUGACUCUGAAGAGUCUUAUCCAUAUAUUGCUAAGGAUGAUCAAGAGUGUGCAUACAACUCCAACAACACUGCUGCAAAUGACACUGGUUUUAUGGAUGUAACUUCUGGAAGUGAGAAGGAGUUGAUGAAGGCUAUAGCUUCAGUUGGUCCUGUGUCUGUGGCCAUUGAUGCUGGACAUCAAUCAUUCCAGUUCUAUCAGAGUGGUAUCUACUAUGAGCCUGACUGCAGCAGCACAGAGCUAGAUCAUGGUGUCCUUGCUGUUGGCUAUGGAUAUCAAGGAGAGGAUGUUGAUGGAAAGAAAUACUGGAUAAUUAAAAACAGCUGGAGUGAGAAAUGGGGUGACGGUGGAUACGUUUUAAUUGCCAAAGACCGAGGAAAUCACUGCGGGGUUGCAACAUCUGCUAGCUAUCCUCUAGUAUAAUUUUUCAAAGACAUAUUAAGACACUAGACACCUGUUCUGAAUUUAUUUUUUAACUUAAGUUUUACCAGUUGUGAAUAUGCUGCAGGAUCACAGCUAUGUCCUGGGAAUCUUCACAUAAAGCUGCAUUGUUUUAGUACUGUUUAAAUGUUUUUAUUUGUGAUGGUUUUUAUAUUGUAAAAUAAAACUCUUAAUCCAA